AUGGAUCCAGGACCUCUGGUGAGGCCCUGGUGAGGAGGGGCAAAGGAUGAAGUUGCAUGUUGAACACUUUAUGAUGGAACUGCUUCCAGACUAGGCGAGGGGAAGGCGAGGCCUCAAGCACACGCACACCCAGUUGCCCUCAGACAGAGAUGGAUGACAGGCGGGCACUGGGGCGGCAUAGCCAAAGGGGCCUACACAUUCACUGUACACAUUCAUAUGGAGAGACUCAAAGCUAUCUCCGGGACUCCAAACCAGUGCAAUCGACUUAGUGCAAAUUCAAAAGGGGUAAGUGGGGAAACAGAGUCACGGAUGCUUUGAGUCUCUCAAGC